AUGAAUCAAAAUAUGGAAAAUAGGGGCAAGGAAGUAGGGCACAUUCUUGUUGUUUCAUCCGCUAUGCAAGGGCAUGCAUCACCCCUCCUAAAACUGUCACGCAAAAUGACCAAACUAGGCAUGAAGGUGACCUUCCUCACAAUGGGUCUGGCAGAGGCGAACGCAGAAGCACCCGAAUGGAAGCAAGGGUUGCGCAUUAUCUCACUUCCCACCGGCCUCGGGCUGGGAAAUCGAAACAGCUGGGAAGAUCAGAGGAAGCUGCAGGAGAGAAUCCACAGAGUUGUACCCUCUUACAUGAAGGAACUCCUCACCAAAACCGAGAUAAGCGGCCUCAUUGUUGACUCAGCAUGGUCGUGGAUGCUCGGAAUACCUAAGAAGAUGGGGCUCAACCUCAAGACCGCCGUAUUUUGGUGCUCCAACGCCGGAUGCUUGGCACUAGGGUUUAAGAUCCCGUACCUUUUGCAGUCCGAAUUCAUCGAUCAAGAUGGAACUCCAUUGAAGGAGGAAACCAUAAAACUACUACCAGACAUGCCGGAGAUGGGAGGGAGCGACCUGUUGUGGUACUUCCCCUCCGAUAAGGAGAUGCAGAAGUCCAUGUUCCACGCCAUCAAAGGCAUCCUCCACCACAUGGCAGAAGCCGAUUGGAUCCUCGGCAACUGGUUCCACACCCUCGACCCCGCCGCCACCACUAUCACCCCAACCGUCCUCCCCAUCGGCCCUCUCCUCGGCUCCGCCGCCUCCUCCACCCUCCACGACGAGGACACCACCUGUCUCACCUGGCUCGACGCCCAGCCGCCGCGGUCCGUCGUCUACGUGGCCUUUGGCAGCACGGCGCGGUUCAGCCGCCUCCAGAUCGACGAGCUGGAGGCGGCUCUGGAGGCCACCAGGCACCGCUUCCUGUGGGUGGCGUGGCCGGGAUUGACGGAGGGGGGCGAGGCCGUGUACGGGGACCGGUUUGUGGCGCGGGUGGCGGGCCGCGGGAGGAUGGUGGAGUGGGCGCCGCAGGAGGCCGUGCUGGGGCAUCCCGCGACGGCAUGUUUUGUGACGCACUGUGGGUGGAACUCGUUCACGGAGAGUUUGAUGAACGGUGUGCCGGUGGUGUGCUGGCCGUAUUUCGGGGAUCAGAUGUAUACGCAGAGGUGUGCUUGUGAGGGGUGGAAGGUGGGGCUGAGGCUGGAGGCGGAUGGGGACGGGAUUGUGAGGAGGGAGGAGAUACGGCAGAGGGUGGAGGAGGUGAUGGAGGAUAGGGUUGUGAAGGAGAAUGCGGAGAGGUUUAUGGUUAUGGGGAGGGAGAAUCUGCUCAGUGGCAACCCUUCUUCUAAUAACAUAGACUUUCUUGCCAAACAAAUGAAGUAUAUUGAUUAACUUAUCAUAUUGUUUUAUCAAUAAACUUCAUUUGGGUGGUUUCUAAUCAUGUACUAUCAAAUAAAUAAAAUGUGGGGUAUGUUUGUUAUAAGGA